CUGAGGAGUGGCUGCCUGGCCAGGGUAGGGCAGGGCAGGGCUCAGCCAAGGGAUGCUCCAACAUCCACACUUCCUUCUGUUGGGAAGUUCAUGGAUCCACCCUCAUCCCUCUGUUUCUCCACAGACAUCUCUGGCCCCUCACCUAAAACAAUCAGCAAUCCAAGCCCAGCUCUUGCCCCAGAUCCCUGUCCCAGACAGCCCAGAUGCUGCAGGAAUGCUUGGGAACGGGCAGGGGUGCAUGGGAAUGGACAGGCAAAGUUCCUGGCCUGCUCUCAGUUCAGCCUCAGUCUCCCAGUUCUCCAGUGGGGAGCCAAGGAGGCAAAUCCCAAAGCAGGGAUUCCCAGACAAUCCAAUCCCUGCACACUGAGCCACCACAUCUCUCGCAUUUUUGGGAUCUGGACAUUCUCCCUGGUGUUCCAUCACCUCUGCAGGCCAAGCCCAGAGCUGGGAAUGUGGGAGAUGUCCGUGCCCCUGGCAGGGGCGAACGGGAUGGGCUUUGUGGUCCCUUCCAAGCCAACUCCAUGAUUCCAUUUCCACAAUUCCAUGAACCUGAUUCCACAGUUCCAUGAUUCUCCUGCCUGCCCUUUUCCCUUCUCCCAAGGUGCGAGGGACUCAUCCCGACUGCUCCGUCGUCCUCCACUUCCAGAAGCAAGAAGCGGAAUGUCUGGAGAGGAUCUGGAGCGAGAGCCAAACCCCAGUACUCCCUGGGCAGGAAGAUGAGGGCUGCCCGACGGAGUGGGACGGGGUGAGCUGCUGGCCCGCCCUGCCCCUCGGCCAGUCCCGAGCUGUCGCCUGUCCCGACAUCCUGAACGUCUUCAAGAAGUCCGAAGGGUGGAUCCAUAGGAAUUGCACCAAGUGGGGCUGGAGCCUCCCCAGCCCCCCCUACCACAGCGCCUGCCAGCUGGAGCCCCUCGGCAGCAGCAACGACACCGAGGCCAAGAGAGGCCAUUUUGUCACCAUGAAGGUGCUCUACACCUGCGGCUACUCCACGUCGCUGGCAGCGCUGCUCCUGGCCAUCGGCAUCUUCUCCUGCUUCAGGAAGCUGCAUUGCACCAGGAAUUCCAUCCACAUCCACUUCUUCACCUCCUUCAUCCUGCGGGGCACCGCCGUGUUCAUCAAGGACAGCGUCCUCUUCUCGGACGAGUCCAUCGACCACUGCACAAUGUCCACGGUGACCUGCAAAGCAGCCAUCGCCUUCUUCCAGUACUCAGUGCUGGCCAACUUCUACUGGCUGCUGGUGGAGGGGCUGUACCUGCAGACGCUGCUGCUGCUCACCUUCACCUGCGACAGGAGCUACACCUGGGGCUACAUCCUCAUCGGCUGGGGUGUCCCCAUGGUCACAGUUGGGGUGUGGGUGCUCACCAGGCUCCAGUACGACAACCAUGGGUGCUGGGAUGACUACUCCAGCCCGUACUGGUGGGUGAUCAAGGCUCCCAUCCUCCUGGCCAUAUUUGUGAACUUCCUCAUCUUCCUCAACGUCACCAGGAUGUUGGCACAGAAGAUUCGGUGCCCAGACCUCAGCAGAACCCACAAGCAGCAGUACAUGAGGUUGACCAAGUCCACGCUGCUCCUCAUCCCCCUCUUCGGGGUGCACUACGUGGUGUUCGCGCUCUUCCCCGAGCACGUGGGCGUGGAUGCCCGGCUCUACUUCGAGCUGGUGCUCGGCUCCUACCAGGGCUUCCUGGUGGCUCUGCUCUACUGUUUCCUCAACGGGGAGGUCCAGGCUGAGAUCAGGAGGAACUGGGGCAAGUGGCAAAGGUCCAUGGAGAGCAACGUCUUCAACCUGGCCACCCAGGACUUCACAGCAUGACCAGGCCAGGGCUCCAGGGAAGAGCUGCUGGAGCAGCAGCUCCAUGGCUGCGGUCCCAGAAAGACCCAGCCCCCCUGAUUUUGGAGGUUCUGGGUCUAACACCCUCAGAGGGUGGUGGGAACAACCAUGGGAGCGGCUCUGCCUGCUCAGUGCUGGUGGAUCUUGCACCUGUGGUGGCACCUCACCCCUUGGAGCUCUCACUGCUUUGGGGCAGAGUUUCAGGCAGAGGGAAGGGAAGUUCUCCACUUUUCUGCCUGAAACUGGGAAGGAAAUACAAAAAUCCUUUGCCAAAGGACAGCUGGUGGUUAUUGUUUGCACUGGGAAGAAAAUGAGCAGCCCCGAUACUGAAGGGAUUCACUGAUGGAUAUUUUCCCCCUUCCUUGCUUUACAAAAUUUCCCUUCUGGGGAACACAGCCAGGAGCCACCCUGGGGAUAGGGGAAGGAUACAGAGAGAGGAAAAUCCCCACAGCUCUACAAGAGACCCCCAACAGCCUCAGGACCCAGUUCCCCAAUUCCCAAAAUGCUUCCCUUUCUCCCAUGUCAGUUGAUUGAACUGGAGAUGUUUCCUUGCCAGGAGAGCUCUCCCAGUCCUUUGCACUGAGGAGCUUUCCUCGGGUUCAUCUUCCAGGGAUAAGAAGGGUUUUGCCAAUAAAAUCCAUUCUCAAGUCCAGCCUUGCUUUUCAGAGGGUUGUUUUGCUCCACAAACCUGGAGAAUUUGGGACUGGGGUGCUGCAGGA